AUGAAUCGAUUACUUCUCAUCAUAAGUCUUACCCUCUUCUUCCAUGUCAAAGCCCAAAUCACUUCCCGUUCGGAUUCAGCUACCCUCAAACCAGUCCAUCGAGGCCUUCCACUAAUCCUCGGAAUCGUCUUGACUAUGCUGUUUAUAACAUUUUUCGUACUUGCCUACGCAAAGUUCUGCGGGAGAAACCAAAAUAAUUUCUUAGGCCGUUAUCUCCAUCGCCAGAAUUUUCAUGGACUUAUUCGAUCAAGUUCUAGGUUUUCUGGGAUUGGCGAAGAAGUGAUCAAUUCCAUGCCCUUUUUCAGGUUUUCCUCACUUAAGGGCUCAAAAGAAGGCCUAGAAUGUGCAGUUUGCAUAUCAAAAUUUGAAGAUUCUGAUGUCCUCAGACUGUUGCCUAAGUGCAAGCAUGCAUUUCACGAGAACUGCAUAGACCAAUGGCUAAAGAGUCACUCUAGCUGUCCUCUUUGCAGAUACAAGAUAGAUCCUAACGAUGUCAAGAGCUUCACUUACUCAAGCAGUUGGAGGCACAUGCAAAAUCCUUCAAAUCUAGCAGAGGAUCCUAAUCUUGAGAUCUUUGUCGAAAGAGAGCAUGAUCGUCAAGUUUCAUCAUGUUUUAACCCAGGAAGCAGCUUUCAAAUUAGCAAUGACAACAGCAAAAAGGAAGAGUUGCUGGUUCAAGCAGGUGGUAACGCUGAUGAUAACAAGAAACUUUUUCAUAAAUUCAUGCACAAGAUCACCAUUUCAGAUGUUCUUAUCAAGAGUCGAUGGAGCGAUGCUAAUUCUUCAGAUUUGUUGUCCCUGAACACUGAGAUGCUUGGAGUCAUGUCAAGCAAUAGAUUUUCUCCUAUGAAAUCAAGUAGUGCUAGAUUCUACAAUGGCUUGUCCAGGGUUGAAAAUUUAGAGAAGGUUAAGGAUGAUACAGAAAGAAAGAGAUUGUUCGAGCCCCAGUUUGCUGCUGUUGACAGAAGUAAUUCUGUUCCAAGCUCAAGCUUAAAUUCGUCAAAUAUGCUUAAUCCUGUGGGGAAGAGGUCAAUGUCUGAGAUCACAAUUUUUUCAAGGUUCAGACAGCUAAGUGCAAAGAAAAAAAUGAAAGAAUCUGCAUCCCCAAGGAAUGGAGGAAAAGAUGAGAGGAUCAGGAUGCUUUGGCUGCCAAUAUCACGGCGAACAAUACAAUGGUUUGCCGGUCGAGAAAGAAACUUACGACAAUUAGAGUACGAAAGACAAGCAUCAAAUGUGUGA